AUGGUGAACAAGACUGCUCAACAUCUCUCCGGAGAGUAUGUCCCUGCUGGAGUGUUCCCUCUGCUCAGCCUGCCCGUCGAGCUCCAGACCAUGGUCUUUGAGAAUGUCGUUGCUGCUCCAGAUGAGCAAAUCAUUAUGCUCGAAAAUGCCAAAACUCCUGCACUCGCCCGUGUCAACAGAUACCUGCGCAAGAGUGUCCUACCCAUUUUCCUCGGCGUCAACACUUUCCGCGUUUUUACUGAAGAAGCUCCUCUUGCUGAGGGCAGUCAGGCAAAGGAAGCCAAAUUCCGGAUCCAGAACUCGACCAUGGAGUGGUUGAGCCCCCUGGGCUACCAGACACCUCUCUUCAAGAGCCUGAUUGUCCAUUUCGGUGUGAAGAAUGAGACCGAGCUUGUGCUGCAGUACUCGCGCAAGGCUGGCAGCAAGACCGGCAGCUUGACGGCCAAACAUGAACGCGAAUGCCGCUUCUGCUACAACCUUGGUGAGGGCUUCCCCCACCUCCCUCGCGCCCUCCUAGAGAGCAUGCCGAUCAACCUGAACCUACGCCGCUACAUUGAACAUGCCGAAGAGCGCAACACCAUCGUCGGUAGGGAGCAUGAAAUCGCGCUUGCCGAUCUCGAAGCCGACGUGUUCAGCAAGACGACUGGCCUCAAGAAGGAUGCCUUGGGCAUCAGCAUGGCCAACAUCAUGGGUAUCGAGCGUGCGAUGAACAGGGGCUUGAUGACCUUUGCCAUGGCUGUUCACUCCGUCAACAUGAAGCGCCUCAAGGACACUCCUUGCGUCAUCUUGUUUUCAGGCAACAACUACGUCCUGCGCAGAGACAUGGGCAUCUGA